GACGGCCCCGCCCGGGACGCUGCAAGACGGAGCGUCCAGGUAGCGGCCCGCGCAGGCUGACCCCAGGGUACGGCGGCAGCCCGUGGUCCCUGGGCGGCCUCUUUAAGGGAGGAGGUGGAGCUCCGCGGCCGGCUCCGAGGGCUCCAGGCAUCCUUGAGCCCAGGUUCCCGUGCCCCCUCCCGACCCCCGCAGCUCAGCCAUGAGUGCCGAGGUGAAGGUGACGGGGCAGAACCAGGAACAGUUUUUGCUGCUCGCCAAGUCGGCUAAGGGCGCAGCGCUGGCCACACUCAUCCACCAGGUGUUGGAGGCCCCCGGUGUCUACGUGUUUGGGGAACUGCUGGAUAUGCCUAAUGUCAGAGAGCUCGCAGACACCGACUUCGCCUCCACCUUCCGGCUGCUCACGGUGUUCGCCUACGGGACCUAUGCCGACUAUCUAGCUGAAGCUCGCAACCUGCCCCCACUCACGGAGGCACAGAAGAAUAAGCUCCGACACCUCUCAGUGGUCAGCCUGGCUGCUAAGGUCAAGUGCAUCCCAUACGCAGUGCUGCUCGAAGCCCUGGCCCUGCGCAAUGUGCGGCAGCUGGAAGACCUGGUGAUUGAGGCCGUGUAUGCUGAUGUGCUGCGUGGCUCCCUGGACCAGCGCAACCAGCGCCUAGAGGUAGAUUACAGCAUUGGGCGGGACAUCCAGCGCCAGGACCUCAGUGCCAUCGCCCGGACCCUGCAGGAGUGGUGUGUGGGCUGUGAGGUUGUGCUCUCAGGCAUCGAGGAGCAAGUAAGCCGGGCAAACCAGCACAAGGAGCAGCAGCUGGGCCUGAAGCAGCAGAUUGAGAGCGAGGUUGCCAACCUUAAGAAAACCAUUAAAGUUACCACGGCGGCAGCGGCCGCAGCCACCUCCCAAGACCCUGAGCAGCACCUGACGGAGCUGAGGGAGCCAGCUGCAGGCACCAACCAGCGCCAGCCCAGCAAGAAGGCCUCCAAGGGCAAAGGGCUCCGAGGGAGUGCCAAAAUUUGGUCCAAGUCGAACUGAAGGGACUGUCAUUUCUUGCCUGGGACUGUGGGGUCCCAACUGCCUGCCUGCCCUUAGGAGUUCUCAGAGAGCUUUCCUGUGCCCCUGGCCAGCUGAUAAUCUUCAGGUCAUGACCUUUCACCCCCUCGACCCCCCAGCCCGAGCCCAAGCAUAGAUCAUACCUUCUCUGGGGAGGAGGCAAGUACAGGUCACAUGUUUAUUGGUACUUUGGUUUUACAUGACUUUUCUAAUGUGUCACCUUGUCGCCUUUCCCGUUGUGCUGUGUUUAAGAGCACGCGUUCCUUCCUGUCCCUAGUAGGGGAGCAGCUGUGCUGGGGUUUGCUCUGCUUCCAGCAUAGCCCGCAGGUGCUCCUUCUGUGCCCUGUCGCUGCAUGCCUGCCAUCACCUCCUCAAUCUGCUUCCCUCCCCCUUUGUGUGGAUCACAUCUCAAGAGCCGGAGGGCCCUUCCCCGGAUGCCCACCCUGAGUUCCGGGAGCCAGCCUGCCACACUCACACUACGGCCAUCUCCUUGCCGCCCUCCUCUCCCCUGGGAUCCUGGGAACGCUGCUGCAUGUGACGCCCCGGGAGCCCGAGGAAGCGGCUGUUCUGAAGAUGUUGACACAAGGUUCUGUUAGCCCUGAGCAUCUUGGGAAGCCUGGUGGUGGUCCUGCAAGGCUUGGGGUCCCCUGUUGUGACUUUGGUGGGCGAAGGGAAAAGGAUAGAGAUUGUAUUUAAAAAGGUCUAUAUGCACAUAGCUAUAUAUAACAUGACACAGAAAUAAAUCUAUGAGAAGUCUA